AUGACGACGACACCGUCAAUAAUUAAAUUAUUUAUUGCGUUUAACGAGAUUCAACUUUCUAGAGUUUUAAUUACAUUAAGAAAAGUGUCAAAGUUGUCAUGCCGCUUAAGGUACGGGUCGACGACUUUCAAUAUCAAGAAAGAUUUGUCCAUGAUAUCUGAUAAACUUCAUCCGAUAAACAAGGUCAUUGAAGGUUUUCGAGGCGUUUGA